CUGGCGGCGGCCGAGGAGGAGGCGCUGGGCGCCCCGGAGGAAUGAGCGGCGGAGGAUUUGGAGGCCGAGGCGCAGGAUCCGGCCCCAUGAGGAACCGUCAAUACACGAACCGCGCUAGAGGCAGACCGACGCCAUACAACAGGGUAUGAGAAUGGGCAGAAAAAGGGAAAAACCUUGGGCAAACUGCCUGGGUAACAACCUUCUAUACUCCAGCCAGCUUGCUAAUCAACGAAUAAAAGUGAAUGCUAGCCGCCAAAUUUCUCUCGACGGAGAGCUCUUAACACGAGCAGUUGAGCAUUAAAGGAAAUUGUAUUCUUAAUUUGUCUGUCCUUUCCCGAACCAACCAACCUUAUGUUAAAAUUUUUUCCUCCCCCAAGAAGAAGCCCUUUUUUAAAAAGGAAAUGUGCUAGCCGUCUUGGCACAUUAGCUAAAGUUGGAUCGUGGAAGGUCUGACGUCGCCAUUUUGAAUCUCCUACCGCAGAUUUUAAAAAAAUUCGCCCACCGACAAUAUCAUUGCUUUUCAUCAAGUGUCUUUUUGGUGGCGAGAGAAGAACAACGGAGCAUCCAGUAUUUAUUUUCUUCAUCUCAAAAGGAGCACCAGUUUGAGCGUCCAAGAUGUCCUUUGUCCGGGAGUGGCUGGCCAGCUCCAUUUUAAAGGCCCAAUCCUUUCAACAGUUGUGGUGGAUGGAUCCCAGGACUUCAACCCCCCUUUACAUAGUGUACUGAUAGCUAGCUAAUCACCACCAGGCCGUGUUUGUGUGCGUCUCUGAACGUACCAGACAAAGCCCAAGUCAAAAUGGCGUGUUCUCAAAAUGGACGCCGUAGCUGCUCUAGUUUUCUGAUCCAUCCACAUUCCUCAUGGACACCCCACCCCCCAAACAAUGAAAGCCAUUUCCUUGGCUUUAACGAACUUUUGGAAUCAUUUUUCAUCGUGGGAGGCAAGGAUGCUUCAGAUGGGGACAAAGAUGAUCAUUUCUGGAGAGCCUGUGGCAGAGGAGGCAAUGGGCCGCAUUUGCUGUUAGCCUCGCCCAAACAGCUUCCAGAUAAAUGGCAACACGACAUGUUCGACAACGGCUUCAGUGGAUUCAACGGAACAGCUGGUGGUGGCGCUGGUGUAGAAACCGGAGGGAAGCUCCUAGUCUCCAAUCUUGACUUUGGUGUUUCUGAUGCAGAUAUUCAGGAACUUUUUGCUGAGUUUGGGACACUGAAAAAGGCUGCAGUCCAUUAUGAUCGUUCAGGAAGAAGCCUAGGAACAGCAGAUGUCCACUUUGAAAGAAGGGCAGAUGCACUUAAGGCCAUGAAACAGUACAAUGGCAUCCCACUGGAUGGGAGGCCCAUGAACAUACAGCUUGUCACAUCACAGAUUGAUACACAGAGGCGGCCAAUGCAGGGGAUGAACAGAGGCGGUGGAAUGAACAGGAAUCGCGGGGGCGGCUUUGGGGGCAUGCAGAGAGGAGGCCGUAUUGGAGGUCGUGGCACAGGCGGCUUCAGAGGACGGGGUCGAGGUGGCCGAGGGGGGAGUAGCAAACAGCAGCUUUCAGCAGAAGAACUUGAUGCCCAGUUAGAUGCCUACAAUGCAAGAAUGGACACCAGCUAAGAAGUGUUGCUGUUCUCGGUCAUUCUUUCCUGUUCUACACAGAAGGAUGCUUGUUACAGUAGUGCAAAUUGUUUUACACAUGGUUGUCCUAAUGUGAUUGAUUGUUGCUCCAGCCUCUUAACUGCUCUAAAGUGUUUUUUACUUUUUUCCCCCCUUUUUGACAAAAAAAAUUGUCUGUAGGUUGAAAGUUGGAAAGUCCAUUCCUCAAAACUUGUAGUAAAUGAAACUUCUAAUAAAACCUGCAGUGUAUAUUAA